AUGCAAACACCAGUUAUCUCUUCAGAAACCAAAACUGUCACAUCGGAACUGCCGGAGAGGGUUCCUUCCUUCUCCAGUUACAAAACAACCAUCCGGCAGUUAGCUGGAAGCGGCCGCCGCUCACCGCUGCCUGGGGGGCGCAGGGCUGCCCGUGGGCCCUUCUCCUCUGUCACGACUCCACCGAAGGGGAUUCCCUUGAGCCCAAGAGAGCCCGGGGCAGGACCGGACUCCAACAGACAGCAGAGCCUCGGCAGCAGGUCGUCAUCCUCCCUCCCCACCGUACCUCUCCCCCAGUUAUCGCCCCGCACGGCACCGCCGCCGCGCUCAACCCCCGCCUGCCCCUACACAACAGGUCCCCGCCGCCUCAUGAUCCCCAGUGCCUCAGCCAAGCGGAGCGGGCAGCCGGCCGCGCAGCAAGGAAGUUUGGGAGGUAGAGCAAGCCUCCGCUGCCGGUGGAAGAUCUCUGUCAGCAGCUCUCCCUCGCUUAACCAUCCUCGCCGCCCGCCUCAGAGCUGCCGCGGGCGGUCGUACGCCGCCGCGGCGCAGGCUCCCGCCCACGGCCCGCGGCUCUGCCGGGCCCCCCCUCGCAUGUUGCCCCCUCCCCUCAGCGCAGAGGAGCGGCUUCCCGUUGGCGUUCCUAGUGUCGCCGUGCUCUUGCCCAGACCAAGCCAGACUCAGAAACAGCGGUUGCCACCUCUUCAUCUUCAGCGAGAGGCGGUUACCACCGCAGCAGCGGUGGCCGCCCGCAGGAGGAGCCGGCGAGGCACAGGACCACACAAGCGCGCAACCCCCACCGCGGUCGGUCAGCCAGUCAGUCGCUUCCCCGCUACAGGGCAGGCAGGAUACCCCAACCAGCCCCGGUGAGAACGCUACACCGCCGGCCCGAACCAGCCUUCUCUCCGGCUCCUGCUAGAGCGCGGCAGCAGCGCUGACUCUUCCCCAUUACCGCCCCCACAGAAACGGCUGGCAGUGCAGGGGAACGAGGCGGGCGACGGCUGCUCUCGCCGCCCGCCCGCCCACGCGGAGUACCCGCUCAGCCCUUGCCUCCCGGGCCCACGCAACCCGCCCCGCACCGCCCCCCGGCACGCGCGCACGCGGGAGCACGCGCCGCGAGCGAUGUCGGCUGUCAGCCCCGGGCGGUGGCCGCUCCACCCCUGCUCCGACUGCCGAACCGACGGCAAACGAGCCGUGCGGGCCAGCCCCACCCACAGGCCCGACCGAGCGGGACCGGCCUCCGCCUUCGUGCAGGCUCGGGCACGGUCGCUCAGGGCCACGCCACUUCGCCCGCUGGGAGUUGUAGUUUUGCUCCCUUUCUGCCGUAAGGAGGCCUUGGAGAAGUCUGGUGGAGAGAGACUACAAUUCCCAGCGUGCCUAGCGAG